AUGAAUUCUAGUACUUUAUACCACUGUGCUCUGUACACCCUGUGUCUGGCAGUGCUUGUUGUUGGCAAUGUCCACCCAGAAUGUGAUUUUAUGACAGAGCUGAAGAAAAAGGAGGCUGAAUGUCUGGAGGACUCAGAGGAGCGUGGGAAUGCAACACCACCAGGUUGCAGGAGAACUUGGGACAAAUUACUGUGCUGGCCAGAGGCAGAUGCUGGAGAGAUGCUUGCCUUACCAUGCCCAAACAUCCUCUUUCAGUUCAUGAAGGAGACAGCUGGGAUAGUAAAAAGGAACUGCACAAAGAAAGGCUGGUCUGACCCAUUCCCUCCCUACCAUAUUGCUUGUCCAGUAGAAGAUGAGAUGCCGCUUGAAGAACAAUCCUACUUUUCUACUAUAAAGAUCAUCUACACCGUAGGAUACAGUGUGUCUAUCACCUCACUCAUUAUUGCCGUGACAGUUCUUAUUGCAUUCAGGAGGCUUCGCUGUCCCAGGAAUUAUAUCCAUGUACAGCUCUUUUUUACUUUUAUCUUAAAAGCUAUUGCCAUUUUCAUUAAGGAUGCCGUCCUUUUCCAAGAGGAAGACAUCGAUCAUUGCAGCUUCUCUACAACUGAAUGCAAGAUCUCUGUUGUUUUCUGUCACUACUUCAUGAUGACAAACUUCAUGUGGCUGCUGGUAGAGGCUCUUUACCUAAACUGUCUACUACUCUCAUCUCUUUCUCAUGGAAGAAGAUAUUUUUGGUGGCUUGUUCUCUUUGGCUGGGGUUUUCCAACACUUUUCACCCUUAUAUGGAUAUUAGCAAAAUUCUACUUUGAAGACACAGCAUGCUGGGAUAUUAAUCAAGGCUCUCCAUACUGGUGGCUAAUCAAAGGACCUAUUAUACUUUCUGUUGGGGUCAAUUUUGUCCUAUUUAUCAACAUCAUCAGAAUCCUGUUGAAAAAGCUAGACCCUAGACAAAUCAACUUCAACAAUUCUUCUCAGUACAGACGUCUUUCAAGGUCAACUCUGCUUCUAAUUCCCUUAUUUGGAACCCAUUAUAUUGUCUUCAACUUUCUUCCGGAAUAUACCAGCCUGGGGGUUCGGCUUUACUUAGAGCUCUGCAUUGGAUCUUUUCAGGGUUUUAUUGUAGCAGUUCUCUACUGCUUCCUGAACCAAGAGGCUACUCCCAGGCAGUAUGUGACCGCAAAACAGCAUUCUCCUUUCCUUUUGAGGUACAAACGGAAAUUGUCCGGAGGUGGCACGGUAAGAGAUAUGGACUUAUGCCAGUGUGGAGGAGGACAAGAUGGACUGUGCCGUCUAGUUCUGGAGUAA